CAGAUAUAGUGAAUGCAGGGUCCGGGGAGACCAAAUAUAGUGAAUGCAGGGUCCAGGGAGACCAGAUAUAGUGAAUGCAGGGUCCGGGGAGACCAGAUAUAGUGAAUGCAGGGGUCCAGGGGAGACCAGGAUAUAGUGAAUGCAGGGUAUAGUGAAUGGGGAGACCAGAUAUAGUGAAUGCAGGGUCCGGGGAGACCAGAUAUAGUGAAUGCGGGGUCCGGGGAGACCAGAUAUAGUGAAUGCAGGGGUCCGGGGAGAUCAGAUAUAGUGAAUGCAGGGUCCGGGGAGAUCAGAUAUAGUGAAUGCAGGGUCCGGGCGAUAGAGACCAGAUAUAGUGAAUGCAGGGUCCGGGGAGACCAGAUAUUGAAUGCAGGGUCCGGG